GUAUGUAUGUAUGUGUGUGUGUGGGUGUACAGAGGCUGAAGUCGUGACCCGUGGUCAUUGCCAGGGAAACUCUUCUCUGACGUGGAACUAUUGUGUCUCACUCUCACAGGAGGAAAUAGUUCCUGAGCACCGCCCGUUUCCAGGGGGAACUUUUAUAGGGGGCGGACCCUGAGCAGGUCAGAGGUCACAUCAGUCUGUUACUGUGAAGAAUGACGAGCUAUAAACAGGCCGGCGACUCAAUGUGGCACAAAGCGCAGAAAUGUGAGUGAAGGAGAUCACGUUUAGAGGCUUUCUGGAGAUGCAGCACUGAGAAUCCGCACUCAUGUGACGUCUGAGGGGGCGGGGCGUCGCUCACGGCGACCUGUAACUAUGUGUGACAUCACCGCGAUGCUCCUUAAAAGGCCGCGGCAGCACAGCUCACACAGAGACCCGUCCUGAAGCCUUACAGGACAGAACCGAAGCGCUAACGACACGAUAACGUCUUCAGAAGCGUUGGACUGAUAUUUAUUUUUGUAUUUGAGAAAUUGAGAAAUACUAGUUUUUUAACGAACAAAGAUGGCUGCUUCAUCAUCUCUGAACACUCUUUUUCCUGCUCUUCUCAUCUUCCUCUUCAUCAGCAUGGUUGCACAGGUGAAGGGGCGGCCGUCACCACGACGACCAGAUGCUCAGGUUCUGCAGGAUUUUUUCGGAGCGCAGAUCAGCUCUCUUCUAUCGGUUCCUGUAGAGGUCACAGAAGGCUCCGCUGAGGCCCCACCGCCCUCACAGAGCCAUCAUGGCCACCAGCCGCAGUCGCCCCGUGUGCUGCUGGACAUCCUGAGACAGAGCAGGAAGCUGCAGGGGCGCAGCAGGAAGGGCGUGGCCCGUGGGUGUUUCGGGAUGAAGGUGGACCGGAUCGGGGUCAUCAGUGGACUGGGCUGCUGACACACUCUUGUACACUCACUCAGGUGAUGGUGAUGAUGGUGUGUGUUGGUGUGUUCUUCUGUCCUGCUGAACAUUCACACAGCGCUCCUGCAAACAGCCCACAAUCCUCCUGACAGACCAUAAUACACUGUCUGAAACGGCACAACUCAGCACUGAGCAUGUUUGUCUUUAUAAGACCAUGAGCUUUCCUCAGAAGUGUGUGUGUGUGUGUGUGUGUGAGAGUAUCGUGAGUGAGUGUGGAGAACGCGAUAGUGCUUGUGUGUGUGUGAUUAUUGUGUAUUUAUUGUGUAUGUGUGUAAGUAUUAUGUUGUGUGUGUGCACAUGUCCACCCAUGUGUGUGUGAGAGAGUUGUGUAUCUAUUAUGUGUGUGUGUAUUGUGUAUCUAUUGUAUGUGUGUGAGUAUUGUGUAUCUAUUGUGUUUGUGUAUGUGUGCGAGAGAGUAUUUUGUAUAAAUUGUGUGUGUAUGUGUGUGUGAGAGAGUGUUGUGCAUCUAUUUGUGUGUCUGUUUUGCGUGCGUGUGUGAUUAUUGUGUGUGUGUGUGUGUGUGUUUGACCUCUGACUGAUUGUCCAGUCAGAUUUAUUAAUCUUAUGUGUGUGUGUGUGUGUGUGUGUGUGUGUGUGUGUGUGUGUGUAUGUGUGUGUGUGUGUGUGUUUGACCUCUGACUGAUUGUCCAGUCAGUUUUAUUAACCUUGUGUGUGUGGUGUGUGCGCACAUUUGUGUAUAUUGUGUUUUGUAAGGUGUGUGUGUGUGUCUUGUAUGUAUGUAUUGUGUGUGUGUGUGUGUGUGUGUGUGCAUGUGAGUAUUUGUGCUUGACCUUUGGCUGAUUGUCCAGUCAGUUUUAUUAAUCUCAUGUGUGUGAGUGUGUCUUGUAUGUAUGUAUUUUGUGUGUGUGUGUGUGUGUGUGUGUGUGUGUGUUUGACCUUUGACUGAUUGUCCAAUCAGUGUAUUAAUCUUGUGUGUGUGUGUGUGUGUGUGUGUGUGUGUGUGUGUUGUGUGUGUGUGUGUGCACAUACUGUGUUUUGUAAAGUGUGUGUGUGUGUCUUGUAUGUAUGUAUUUUGUGUGUGUAUGUGUGAAUAUUGUGUAUUUUGUGUGUGUGUGUUUGACCUCUGACUGAUUGUCCUGUCAGUUUUAUUAAUCUUGUGUGUGUGUGUGUGUGUGUGUGUGGUGUGUGUGCACAUUUGUGUAUAUUGUGUUUUGUAAGGUAUGUGUGUGUGUGUUUGUCUAUGUAUGUAUUGUGUGUGUGUGCAUUCUGUGUGUGUGUGCGUUUUGUGUAUUGUGUGUGUGUGUGUGUGUGUGUGUGUGUUUGACCUCUGGCUGAUUGUCCAGUCAGUGUCUCUUCAUCUGGUUUGUCGUGUCUGACGUGACAGAUCUUCUGUCCAGAUUUGAUCAUGAGUGUGAACAUGGUUCUCAGCGUCUGUAACUCCAGGUUAAACAUGUUUGUGUGUCAAUAAAUGUUA